AUGAGACACGUCAUUUUCACAUUAGUAGCAGCAUUUUUAUGGGCCUUGGUUUCCGGGUUACAUUUGGAGAUCCCUGCCAGCCACCAUCCUGAAGCCACUUGUAUUCGAGAUUUUGCUCAAGACGGACUGUUGGUUGUUGUGAAUCUUCAAAUCGAUGGCAACCCUGGAGAUGGCCAGCAAUUGGAUUUGGUGAUUGUGGAUUCUAUGGGGUUUGAAUAUAGAAGAACCAAGGAUAUAAAGGAUAAGGUUAGGAUUGCCUUUACAUCUCAUGAUGCUGCUUUUGAUGUUUGUUUCACCAACACACUUAAUUCUCGAUUCAGAGGAGAAAGCUAUGUCAGACACGUUGAAUUGGAUAUUGAAAGUGGAGCUGCUGCCAGAGACUGGAAUGCAUUGCAAACUGCCAACAAGUUGAAACCUGCGGAAGUGGAAUUGAAGAGAAUUGAAGAAGUAACCAAUGAGAUCCACGAGCAAUUGACGUAUUUGAAAGUCAGAGAAGAAAGAAUGAGAGAUACCAAUGAAUCAACUAAUGCCAGAGUUAAAUGGUUCUCCAUUGUGGUUGUUUUUAGUUUGAUUGGCUUUGGACUCUGGCAACUUGCUUAUUUGAGAAACUAUUUCAGAACAAAGCAUAUCAUCUAG